AUGCCGGGAUUCGACUUUACAAACCAUACCCGCAAUGCGGCGUUACACGCAAGAGGUGUGCCCUUGCCAAAGGCGACGAGUACCGGAACGACGAUUGUGGGAUGUAUAUUUGAUGGAGGUGUAGUUAUCGCCGCAGAUACCAGAGCAACAAGUGGUCCUAUAGUAGCAGACAAGAACUGUGAAAAGCUACACUACAUCGCCCCUCAGAUCUGGUGCGCAGGAGCAGGAACCGCCGCAGACACUGAAUUCACAACCGCGCUCAUCUCCUCGCAACUCGAGCUGCACUCGCUCUCCACGGGCCGCAAGCCCCGCGUCGUCACCUGCAUGACUAUGCUCAAGCAGCACCUUUUCAGAUACCAGGGCCACAUUGGCGCAUACCUCGUCGUAGCAGGUGUUGAUCCUACUGGUGUUGGUCUCUUCACGGUCCACGCACACGGUAGCACGGAUAAACUCCCGUAUGUCACUAUGGGCAGCGGUUCCCUCGCGGCUAUGUCGGUGUUCGAGACGCAGUGGAAGAGCAAGAUGACGGAGGAGGAGGCUGUCACGCUGGCGUCGAAUGCAAUUCAGGCUGGUAUCUUCAACGAUUUGGGCUCUGGUUCGAAUGUCGAUGUGGCGGUCAUUACAAAGGAUAAGACGACGUUGAAGAGAGGAUAUGUUAAGCCAAAUGAGCGGAGCAAGAAACAGAAGAGCUAUGUAUUCAAGAGGGGUACGACUGCGGUGUUGAACGAGAAGGUGAUUACAAGGGAGGAGAUUAGCAAAUAUGUAACUGUGCAUGAGCUUGAGGGUGGAGAGACGGCGUUGGGAGAGAAGAUGGAUUUGGACGUUUAG